UAUGCACUGUGUUGGAUUGGCCCAGUGACCAACCGAGAUAUUUUGGUUGUCUCAGCGCCUCCCAGGCAGAGAUUUAUUGUCUUAGGAAACCUUCACGAAAUAAUCCCUGGGUGCUGACCUGAUCUUCAGCUGAGAGAGUGUGAAAAGAGGACAGAAAGGGGCUGCUGUCCCGGGUGCGGUGCAGUCUGAACUUAUCGGAGUCUGAAACAAGAGAGGAUAAACAUCUGCUUCUGCCUCAAGCCAUGCGCUGGCAGGCAGAGAGGAUCUAUUACUUGAGUUGCCUGAGGAGCAAAGAGGGCCGAGGGCGACGGCUGAGCAGACACAAAGUGCUACUUGUUGGGAUUGUCAUCUAGCUCCCUCAUCUGUCACCUGAUGGCCAGCCAAGCAAGUGCUCAGCACAGCCGUGGACCAUUCAUUCAUCCCUACACAAGAAACGGAGGCGAGAAAAGUAAGCAUCUUAUUACAGCUGUUAUGACAUUCAGCAGUUUUUUCUAUAAAGGAAUGCACUGAAUUCGCUACAAAUCUAUUAAUUCCUCCCCUAUGCCAGGCGAGAGACUGUGUUUUUUUUUUUGGUUGGGCUUUUCUCUAGCAGCUGGAGGUCUGGUGGGCAUUCAUACAAAUGGCUGUUGAUUAAGGCAUCUGUUUCACUGUCUAAUGGCAUUAUUUAGUAACUUAGUCAAGCAGAAAGCGCUGCAUUACCUACAAUGAGCUACUUCCUGUCCUACUGCAAAGCGCACUGCACCACGGUGCUCUCCCAUUACCAGACCCUGAGAUCAGAGGGCUUUCUAUGUGAUAUUUUGCUGAAAGUGAAGGAAAAUGAGUUUCCUGCACACAAGUCUUUGCUGGCAUGCUCCAGUGACUAUUUCCGAGCCAUGUUCAAAAGUUACACACAGGAAUCUAAAGCCAGUGUGAUUCAGCUGCAGGUUGUCUCACCCACUGGUCUCCAGCACGUCCUGGAUUUCAUUUACACUUCCUUGCUGCCUCUUUCCUUUGAAAGCCUGGAGGAGACCUUGGAAGCUGCAAGCUACUUGCAAGUGACUGAUGCCAUUGGCUUGUGCAAUCAGUACUUGGUUAACAACCUCUCCUUGGAGAACUGCUGCUUCUCUGCCAAUGUUGCCAGGAGGUUCUACCUGCCAGCUGCCCUAUCUGCAGCAGAAAAAUACAUUGUCAACAACCUCUGGAAGCUGUUGGACUUGGACUUGUCAGGAUUGCUCGAGCUGAAUUUCAGGACUUUGCUAGCGGUGGUAGAAUCACCAGAUCUCCCUAUGGUGAAGGAAACCAGGCUGUUGGAUCUUCUGCUGCUGUGGCUGAAGCAGGAUAAAUCCAGGUUGAUUCAUGCAAGCAGCCUUUUGGAGCACAUAAGAUAUGGUCUCAUCCCAGUGGAAGACCUGAGGAGAAUUUACACACAGUCAGAAGUGCCCCUUACUGCAAGUAUCAAAUGCCUGAUCAUUAAAGCAAUAAACUACCAUACAUUGGUUUUCAGACAGCCAAUCCUGCAGGAUAAGUCCACCACACUGAGGAACCAGAAAACUCGGAUCAUCCUUCUGGGGGGAGGGACAGUAAGUGAGGGUCUGAUCACUGAAGUGGUGGCUUUUGAUGUUUAUAACCAUAAAUGGAAAGCUCUCACAAAGGUGUGUGAUGGGGUGCAGAACCACAGUGUGUGUGUGGUGGGGAACUUCCUCUACGUUUUGGGGGGAGAAAUAGAAGGUGGCACUCCAAGUGACUCGAACAGUGACAAGAUCUUAUCGGUUACAAACAAGGUCCAUCGCUACGAUCCAAGGUUUAACACAUGGACCCAAAUCACAGGCAUGUUGGAAAAGAGAUGCCAAUUUUCUUGUUGUGUCUUAAGCAACAAUAUUUUUGCCAUUGGUGGACGGGGUGAGAAUGGGUGUCUGCAUUCAUCUGUGGAAGUCUACAACAUCACUAGAGACAGAUGGACGAAGGCCAGGGAAUUGCCAUGCAAGAUACAUGGUCAUGCCAGCGCCACUUGCAAGAAUACUAUAUACAUCUCAGGUGGCAAAUAUGCAGAACCAGCCAGCACAAGCAAGGACUUAUAUUCUCUGAGCUCACUUGAAGGGCAGUGGAUGAAACAAGCCCCCAUGAGCAUUGCUCGGUUUGGGCAUCAAAUGGCGACAAUCAGAGAAACCAUAUUCACAUUUUUAGGUUUAUAUGAACCAUUCUCUGAAAUAGAAAGAUAUGACCCUGAUCAAAACCAAUGGACUCGUUUGAGGCCACUGAUCUAUGACCGAUUUUGCUAUGGUCUGGUGGUAGUAGAGGAAACAGCUCUUCUCAUUGGGGGAAAGAAAUGGCAGGACUCGCGGGAAGUCCCCACACAAGACGUGGUUGGCUAUGACAUUGACAGUGAUAGCUGGGAGGAGAUUUGCAAAGCCCCCCUGCCCUGGUGUGGGCUGCAGUGUGCGGUGCUGCAGCUGUCAGAGAUGGACGACGAACAGGGCAGUGACACCCCGAAAAAGAAGCUGCCAAACUGCUGAGCCAAGGCA